AUGUUCAGCAAGAAGCAACAUGGCGACGUCAAGAAAUCAUCUCAGAAAGUAUUGGAUCCUAAAAAGGAUGCUUUGACCAGGCUGAAACACCUUCGUGUGGUUCUCGAUCACUAUGAUGCAUCCGAGGCUAAGUCAUUCUUUGAGCAAUAUUACUCGCACAUAUUUCAAAUAUUUUAUGACAAUUUCAUCUCCGUUGAAAGCACACUGAAGCAAAAAGUACACAAAGCACAACGAGAAGAACUUGAUGGGAUUCUCUUCGUUUUUGAGAAAAUUUUACUUUUUUUACCCGAUUACAUUCAUGAGAGAUGGCAAUUUCACUGCAUAGGUCGCUUAAUGAAAAAGCUGUUGCAUCCUGGGAAUGCUUUGAAGCUUCGCAGGGAAGGUAUUCGUCUCUUUCUGCUCUGGUUUCAAGCGUUACAAGAACAUGCCGAUGAUGAAUGCUAUCUAAUCUAUGCAACCUUGAUACCUGGGUUUCCGCUUCCAAGCAGUGCCUCUACCAUUCAUACCCUGGAUAGUUUAAUCAACAACUCUGCAAGACCGCCCUCUAGUGUCUUUCUAGAUUUUACUGCAACAGCUGUCACUCCUGUAGAAAUCACACCUCUCAUAGCUCUUCAGGCUGGUGAAAAACAACCAGAAAAUAUUACAAAGUUUUUAUUAGAAUCUGUCCUUCACUUCAGUGUCUCCCAGAUCACCAAAAUGGACUGGCGGGAUAGUGAAAGAAAGGAGAGAAGUUUUAUAUUUUUAUUUGAAAAUUUUAAGAAAUAUUACCUGCCACAUGUAUUUCCUGAGUUCUCCUGGAAAACUAGUCUGUUUGAUCCUGUUUUAGACGUUCCUGACUCACGAUCAUUUUCUGAGGUCAAUAAAGGUUUUGAUGAGACCGACUCAGGCAACCAAGUGUCCGCUUGUCGGGUUGCAGUCAUCAGAUGGGUUGUAGCAUUUACACUAAAUAUUAGAAAACUUACAAACAAAACAAGUGGGCAGGUACCGGAUGUUAUCGGCAAUGACAAUGAGCACAACAGAGAUUUAUCUAAGCUUACACAUGAGCAAGUUGAUUUGUGCAAAAGAGUUUUACAUAUUUAUAGGCACGUUGUAAUGCACGUCUCUAUGUCAAAGAAAACAUGGGAACAAUUGUUGAUGGUGCUACUACGUAUUUCUGAAGUUAUUCUUAAAAAGCCACCGGAUCGCGGCAAGCAGUCUCUGAGUAAACAACUGGCAGCUUUAGUUUUUCAGACUUUGAUUGUAACAUGGAUCAAAGCUAACCUCAAUGUUGCAGUGUCAAUUGAGUUAUGGGAUGAGUUGCUUAGGGUGCUUUCGUCGCUGACUCAUUGGCAAGAACUAAUAAAAGAAUGGGCGAAAACAAUGGAGACAUUGACCAGGGUACUGGCCCGACACGUGUACAAUCUUGACCUCAGCGACCUUCCACUCGACAAACUGAGUGAACAGAAACAGAAACGUAGAUUCGGAAAGAUUGGACACAUGAAGAAAUCCUCUGGACGCCACGAACGAUCUUUUUCCAAAGGAUGGAGCCGUACUGACUCCAUGUCACCGCAUGCCCAGGAGGAGCUGGAGAGGCUGAGACUGAGCAUGACAGGCAUGGGUACGAGGCAUGGUAAACCUGGGGAUGGGGAGGGGUUCAGACAAAGGAGUGCUACUACUGUGGGUCCUGGCGCUGCAGACGAAAACGCUUUAUUAACGGAACGAUUACGGCAUAGAUCAUCAGGUGAAACACAUUCCAGAGCUGGAGACGAAGGUCAGGUCAUCUCACGAAGGCAGUUGUAUCGGCAGCAGUCAUAUAGUCAAACUGAACGUGAUCCUCGCGAAGAUGAUGAUUCGGGGACACUGAUGAAAAGCAGUAGUGCCGGAGAUCUGGUGACCAUGUCAUCAGAGUUUAGGUUAAAAGGCCAAAGUUUUAGUAGUGAAAUAAGCAAUGUUUCAUCAUCAAGUGGUUUUACUAUGUCCACAGGUACGGAUACACUUAGUAUCGGGGACGUUGUCACAGGCACAAAUCUUUCACAAAGCGAAGAUCAAGAGUUAGCUAGCCUGACUGCAUUUGUUGACACUGCCAGUCUUGACAGCACAUCCCAGGGAGACCAAAGCGGGGGACAAAGUAAUUCAAGUAUGUUUGAGAUUGGUAGGGUUUCGCCACCAGUAGAUGCUCCAGAUGAUGGGGAGGAGGAAAAGGAGUCAAGGUCGUCGGAGGAAAAGGAGUCAAGGUCGUCAUCAAGGUCGUCCUCGCCAAACAUGUUUUUGCAACCCAAGGAUUCGCCGACUCAAGAAAGUUUACACUUAGAAAAUGUAGUUGUGUCGGGGGAUGAAUUAGAUGCACCGGAGGCUGGUGACCACUUUGAUAGUGAUGUGGCUUGUGGCCAGAGUGCAACUGACAUGAACUGCCAUGUAAUCCUUGGUGGUAGUCGCCAAGGCUGGCUACCUGAUGUAGCUGUGGUACUAUGGCGACGUAUGCUUGGUAUUCUUGGCGACAUCAAUGAGAUCAAAGAUCCUGUCAUACACGCUGAAGUCUAUGAGUAUCUUUGGGAUCUUUGGAUUGUUUUUAGUAAAACAAGAGAAAAUCUGGGAAUUUCAUUAGACAACUUAAGUACCCCACCGCCCCCAAGAUUAGUACCCCCGCUUAGGAUGUUUUCUCCAUGGCUUUUCAAGGCAGUAUCAUUAGGUAAAAAUUACCAGCGUGGACGUCUUCUUGCGUAUCAGUUGCUGUGUUCAAUGACAGUACGACGGAAUGACCACAGUUUACCUAUGGAUCACCUUGUUCAAUUCUAUAGAAUCCUCCAUCAUGGAUUAGUUGGAACUGAUCAGGAAGUAAUCAACACGAUCGUUAGAUACACAUCUCCGAUGUUCUUUUCUUGUAAUUUGCCCGGCAGUACUAUGUUGAUAUUAGAUUAUAUACAGGCGACGAACAUGAUUGUAUCUACCCCUGAUCUCGAAGCCCCCAGAGUAGAAGCUAUUUCACUGCUUGGUUCCUUAAUAUGUCAUCCCAAUAUGUUUUGUAACAUACACGCUUUGCAGCCCAAUACAUCAGAGAUCAGUCUGAUGACGUGUAAAGAUGUUAAGGACCACAUAAUAACCAUCCUCUUGAAAGCCGCCAGAAAAGAAUUACAUUUUGAAGCCCGCUGUGUUGCAUUGAGUGCACUCGGAGUGUUCAUAUAUGAAGAAGUGUUACACGGAACCUACCAUAGCAAGCUUAGGGAAGCUAUUAAUGUGUUGUUGGCAACCAUUAAGUUUUCCAAUAAAGCUGUAGCACAGGUAGCAUCAGAUAUGUUGUUGUUUCUUUGUGAUCAAGCAGAUAAACUUAGACGACAUCAGCCAGAAAUGCCGAAGAAAAUCAUUGAGGUUGUUGCUUUGACAAUCUUAAGUCUGUUGCCAAGUACAGAAGCCUCUCACAUUGAAGAUGAUAAAAAGUUAAUGGUAUCGCUUCUAUUUUGUUUAUUGGAGUGGUGUAUGUCAUUACCAAUCAAAGUACUCGGUGAACCUGUAGAGAGGAGAUCUGAUAAAGAUAACAAACCUUUACUUAAUGUGGUAUUUAAGGUUCUUCAAGCAGCUGUGCAGGGUGCUAACUCACAACAGAAACAUGUUCCUGUCAAUUUCUCUGACUUUGCUUCAAAUGACUACGAUCCACACCUCUAUAUUGACAAUAUCCGAGAAAGUUAUUAUAACAGCGGACCAAAUUCUCCCAGGACACCUGUCCAAACUGAUACCAUGGAAGACUUUUUAGAAGAAGAUCUUAUGGCUCCAUUUAUUGAUGAUUUUCAACGACGUUCUCCGGAUGUGAUACGAUUGGCUGCCAAGACGGUCAUGGGAUAUCUUGUGAACCAUCUUGGUCAUUAUCCUUUGGGAUGUGGGCCGGCAAGAAUCAACUCGCUAAUUAGUGAAUACAGUGAUGAUGCCACCAUUGAUGUAGAUGAACUAUCUACCGAUCUUUUCUCUUGUUCUAACGUUCAGUUCUUUAUUGUAAAUGAUUCGUGUUUGAUGUCUUAUGUAGAAAUCCCUGCUGAGUUGGAGGUGCCCGGAGGAGGAAUAACAGCAGGACUAACCACAGCUAAGACACAGUCCAGAGUUAUCGUCAGAGCGCUAUCCGGUAAAUUCGUUUGGGACUCUGCCAUAUUGUAUGGACCGCCACAUUGUGCAAUGUCUUCAAACUCAGAUUAUCUGAGUAAUUGUAAUACAAACAACAAUGCCGACUCCUCGUCUGAGGAAGAUGCCAAUAACCAAAGAUCACAACAUCAGUUGUUAGUUAAACAGAGAAGUAAACUCCCUUCCUGGGAAGAGGCUGAAGAGACUGAGGAUGUGCUGAAUGAGCUUUUAAAGUAUAUUGGACACACGAGUAAUGAAUGUUUACAAAGGCCGGGUAGACCACUGAAUAUUCCGGCUCCACCGCCUGAGGAGAUCACUCAUCUCAUGGAGGAAUCGGUGAAAGCUACUUUGUUGAAACAGAGCGAUAACGAAGAGGAGUAUGUGAUACAACACGGGACAGAUACUAGCAUGGUAUCCAAAGAACAAAAACCAUGGCCGCAUACUGAUCCAGCAUCGCCAUUCUACAUAUGCAGAGCCAUGCUGAGUCAGCUUGGGAUGCUCACAUGGGAUAAAAGAGCAAACUUUGACUUGGUGAAAAAGAAUGACAAACUAAUCAGAGAACUGAAGAACUUGGACUCGCAAUUGCGUCACCUGGGGAACGAUGAGAUUCAUAUUGUGUGGUCGGAGCACACAAGGGAUUACCGGAGGGGUAUCAUAGCAACCGAGUUUGGUGAUGUACUGAUCUGCAUUUAUCCUCUGCCGAGCCAGCUGUAUAGAAUUCAGAUUAAAAGAAAACCUGAGGUGCCCUAUUUUGGCCCGUUAUUUGAUGGUGCUAUUGUUGACCAUAAAGUGCUACCUGGCCUGGUAAGGGCCACUGCUAUUAAUGCAAGUCGUAUCAAGAGAUCGUCGAUUCCACUUUAUCAGAGAUUUUAUGAGGAAAGAGCCAAAUAUCUUGAAGGAAUAGUAAAGAACCACAAAGAACACACAACGUUUGAAGAGUUUGCAUCGCACGUGUAUGCCCCGGCGCAUGACAGAACACCACGUGUUGCCUCAGCCAAAUCUCACUUGAGUGAAGUCUCCUCGGUUACAAGUCUUUCUAGCAUUUCAACAACUGGUACGUUUGAACACACAGGCUCUGUAUCCAGCAUUCGGUCAACAACCAGCAGUCAGCAGACUGUGGCGUCAUCACACAGUAGAAUUAUCAAAGAUGAUAGAAGUUCCACUGAUUCCCACAUUGUGGCCGUCUCUGUGGAUGACCCUCACCAUGUGACAUUCACUAAACCGAGUAGCAAACAAAAACUGACAACGAAAGGUCGACAGCAGUCUAGUACCUCAGUAAAAGACAGUACACCCCCUGACAGUCCUGCUGUGAGUCUGAAAGGGAAAAGGACAUCAUAA